AUGACGUUCAAAAGUUUGUGUUUAGCACUGUGUUUGGCGUUGUUUGUGGUGGAAGCACACGGGUACAAAGAAUAUGUCGCAUACAAAGGGAAAGUCGACUUCUACCAAGCAUGGCAACUAUGUAACAGCUAUGGCGGACAUUUGGCUUCUAUCGAGUCAGCCGCAGAGCAAGCGCGUGCUGAAGAUGCCGUCCGUGCCGUUGGAAACUUUGCCGUAGAAUGGUUCAUUGGGGCCAUUGGUGCCAAUGAUCAAUUCGCAUGGAUCGGUAUAAACAAAAAAGCAACGUACCUUAAUUUUGCUGCCGGCGAACCUAACAAUUUACCUAAAGGAGCUGAAAAUUGUAUAGUUAUAGGAGCUGGCGGAAGUACAUCGAAAUGGAAUGAUAUCAAAUGUGACUAUAAACAAGCUGCAGGGUAUAUUUGUGCUUUCGUACGUCAAUAA